GUGCUUCACAGCAGAGACUCCUUUUGUGACUCAGGCGUGCUUAGCACCUCUUCUUCUCCAGAAAUUGACCAUCUGAUAAUGAGAACAUGUAAAGAGCAUGCCAGAAAAGCCAGCCACCAAGAGCCAGAGAGUGAAAAGCAAGCUGAGUACUACAGCCAGGAGGCAGGUGCUGUGCAGGGUCCUACAGCUCCCCUUGAAGACUUCAGUGUCCCUCAGGAAGAAAGUCCCAGUAAACAUUUUGACCAAAGCGAAAGACAGUCUCUGGAAAAGGAACCUACCCCAGAGACAGACCUUCCCAGGGAAAGCGCUCUUCCUACCCCAGCUCCCAUAGAAGAGCCAAAGACAAUUGCUGACAAUUUCCCAGAGAACUUUGGCAGCAUGCAAGACCUUCAGAUCCAUGGUCAUCAGCUGAAGAAGUACCCCACAAGUGACAGUCUGGAUGAAUACAUGGAUGAAUGCUGUAGACUGAGUGAGGUGAACCAAGGGAACAGCAAAGCCCUGGGAUCUGGUCUGGGAUACCUGGAACACAUUUGCCAACUGAUUGAGAAGAUCGGGCAGCUGCAGGAGCACAACCUGCGUCUCCAAAAGCAAGUCUGCAGCUUGCAGAAAGAGCAGAAGAUGAGACAGAUAAAAGAGGAGUACCUUCUGCAACAUUGCUCCUGUGGAGCUGCCAGCGUCUUCCUCAACUCGUACCAAGACGUGAAGACGUUUUUUGCUGGGAGGAGCAGACCUCACAGCCUCUUGGUUCAGACUGGAAACCCUUCUGAUCUUUCCAUCAUCCCAGAAAUAGGAGCAAACACUGAAAAGCUGAGCAGCUGCAAUGGAAGUGAGAGAUACCCGGAAUCAGGAAACAGCCAGCCGAUGGUGGGGCUCAGGAAGUCGUCAAACAAUAGGAACAACAAGGAGAAUGAGUUCAGAGAAGCUGGUAGCAUGGCUGAGGGACAGGCUUUUCCGUCAAAGGACCCCGCAAUAAGAAAGGGUCUGGACGUCAGCAAGAACAUCUCGGGUGAGAGCCAUGCUUGGGGGAGAAUGAGAGAUCUCAUGAGAAAGACACGGCUGAGAAACCAGAACAAGCUAGGGCUGUCCUCUGCUGCUCUGAAGAGGUCCUGCCCACAGUUGUACAGGCCAGAUAUUGUGUCUUCGGAGCUGAGGAAAACUGAGAGGAACUCCAUGAUCGUUCUGGGGCAAAAUACAAAGAAUGAAAACAUAUGGCCUUUCUGAUAACCCAAGUCAAAUGGAACAAGGUAAAAAUAAGUAAAGCAGCAUGUAAAGGCAAAGUGGGAACACCAACGGACACAAAUCCAAGAACCCCGGGGUUACUUUGUGCAAUCUGCAUCCUACACUUGUCAACAGAGCAACUCCGAUUUGUGCGUUGGUAGGGAGAG